AUGAGGUCGGGGGAGGGUGAGGGCUCCGAGUUGGCGGAGUUCGGGGCACGAUGGCCGCCGCCCUACGCCCAGGGCUACGGCUGGCGCUCUACCACCCCACAGCACCCGCCGGCGCAUCACCUCGCGAGACACUCGCGGUCGCAGCAGUGGUUACAGGAUAAUCGCCACACCAGUUACGAGGCGGAGGACGCGCGGGCACGGGCGCGCGGCGGGGUCUAUUACUCGCCGCCAGGCACCUCAUACACGAUAGUGGAACGGCCGGCCUCCUCGCACGGCCACCACGCGCCCUACUCGCAGCACCACUACCCAGGCAAGCUCUCGAGAGCACCCUAUCUUGGAUCAUCAAACAUAGCUAACAGUGCAGGAGCAACAAGCCUACGUAACAGUACGAAUCAUCUGAGUGCAAAUGGCAAGAAGAGGCCAAUAUCACCGGAACAGGUGCUCCGGCUCUUUGGUCAGGGAGGAGCAGCAGCGUUGGGCAAAGCGUUGCCUCCGUCGCAUCCACCAGCGCCGCUACCAGCGCCUUUACCAGCGCCUCUACCGGCGAGACGCCAUUCGCCGGCAAGUAGUCCAAGCAGUACCACACAUCAUGCGAUAUAUCGGGGCGAGCGGGAUAGGGAGCGGCCAUACUCAUCGGGUGGAGCGCCGCCGCCGCCGAUGGAGCCUUCGACGCGCACCGUCACUAUGAGUCGCGACCCAGCUGACUCGCAUGGCUUCGGCAUCUGUGUUAAGGGAGGAAAAGAGGCUGGUGUGGGUGUGUACAUAUCGAGGGUGGAGGAGGGCUCGGUGGCAGAGCGGGCGGGCCUUCGUCCUGGGGACUCCAUAUUGCAAGUCAAUGGAACUCCUUUUUCGGGAAUAUCUCACGAGGACGCGCUUAAAAUGUUAAAGUCAUGCCGACAACUAACUAUGGUGGUUCGUACGGCGGGUGCGCUCGUGGGGCGAGCAUCUUGUUCGUGGAUGGACCGUUAUGGAAGGCCGGCGUCGCCGCCUGCACAGCGUCCUCUACGAUCCGCGAGUAAAGAUCGCUCUAUACGAAGGGUGGAUUUAUGUAUCGAGCCGGGUCAGUCACUGGGUCUGAUGAUUCGAGGUGGGUUGGAGUACAACCUCGGUAUCUACAUCACUGGAGUGGAUAAGGAUUCCGUCGCUGAUCGAGCGGGGCUAAUGGUCGGCGAUCAAAUAUUGGAAGUGAAUGGGCAAUCAUUUGUGAACGUGACUCAUGAUGAGGCGGUCGCUCAGCUGAAGUAUCACAAGCGUAUGUCUCUGCUGGUGCGGGAUGUGGGGAAAGUGCCUCACGCGUGUACUGCGUAUGGAGAGAGGGAGGCCGCCCCUAGAAUAAGCGGCUGGGGUAAACGAAGAGGAGCAGCGGCGACCGCUGUGGAACAGAAAGCUAAGUCGCUACUUCCUCAGAGCGAUAUACCAGCGUUAGCUUACUAUAUGGAGGAGUACGCGUCGAGACGACUCACUCCUGAUGCCUUUUUAACUGUGUUAAGAGAUCUCUUAGAUACGCCACAGAAGUAUUCGCUGCUAACGGAAAUCCGAGAGUUUCUACUUCCGGAAGACAGGCCGCGGUUCGACGAGCUCGUUUACAGACGACCGGAGGAUGCAGCAGAUCACCACUUAAAGCGAGGGAAUGAGCGACAUAUGCUGCCCUCUUCUACUAUGCACGAACUCCAUGAUCCGGAGGUGCCGGCCGAAGUACCUCUGGUUGUCGACCACCGCUCGCCCUCCGAGGACUCCGGCUUGGGCCUACCACCCCACGACCAAGCUUACAGGAGCGGGCGCGUGUGGCGCGCCGGGGACCCGCCGCCGCCGGACGACGAGCUGGACCCUCCACCCGAGGAGUUCGAGGAGGAGGGUGGACGUUCUAGACGACACUCAUCGCCAUGUAAUUCGAGGGAGGGCAGCACAACAGCCCUACACACGCAACAUUACGACGAUACUGAUCAGUGCGGCUAUCUCGAGGGACUGCGCUCAUCACUCGGUGGCUGGACGCAGAAAGUUAAAUCAUGGUACUGGGGACGACCUCUAGAAUUGGCCCACAAGUUGUCACGUAGCUUCGACAUGAAAGAAGAAGGUGGUGCUUUACUUGAGGAUCGAGGUGGGAUCCGCAGGCACCAGUCUAUGCAGCGCCUGCAACAUGGGGAAGCGCCGAUCGACGAAGGCAGAGCGGCGAGAGUCGUACCAGACCACCAUGGAAAUCUGCACAUCUCUGUGAAGAAGACCAAGCCUAUCCUUGGUAUCGCGAUCGAAGGUGGCGCCAAUACUAAACACCCGUUACCUAGAAUAAUCAACAUACAUGAGCAUGGUUCCGCAUACGAAGCUGGAGGGUUGGAAGUAGGACAACUAAUUCUAGCUGUCGACGGGCAUCGAGUAGAAGGAAUGCAACAUCAGGAGGUUGCUCGACUCAUAGCUGAGUCUUUCGCGCAAAGAGAUAAACCGGAAAUUGAGUUUUUAGUAAUUGAAGCAAAGAAGUCAAACCUGGAACCAAAGCCAACGGCCCUAAUUUUUUUGGAGGCCUAA